CCGAAGUUCACUGAAGCGGUUGAUGCUUGAGUCGUUGCUGGUGCUGGCUCUAGAAAAGUAGAGCAGGCUUCUUGGUGAUCUGCAAAGGCAGAUCUAGUGGAGGCUUGCUGAUGGAAUGCCUGCAGGGCAAUUUCCUCAAGUUGGACACUCCACCGUUCUGUCGUCAACUUCCUCUUCCAUUCUGAGCUGCAAUGCGCGUGAGAAAGCGAGGCAGAAGAUGAGCUCGGCAGUCGGUGUACCAUUCGACCACAUUUACAGAAGCUCUCCGCACAAGGCUUGCAGCUCCGGGAUUACAUCUUCGAAGUCCAUACAAGCAGCUGGCACGAUGAUGAAGCAACGACCGCCUUCGUCGCAACGCUUUCUCGCCACAGCGUACGAUUCAAACUGGACGUUGAGGCAGGAGAUUGUUGACUUGGAGCAUGAGCGCCUCAAUGACGUCAAGACCGAAUGCAACAGCUGGCUGCAUGGAGUCCUGGGGAAAAGGAAGAAAAAAGAGCCUCGCAUGAGCAGUAAAAUAAGGCCAGACUUGAUCUCCACCAUUCUUGAAGAUGGUGGCAUCACAGAUAAGCCUUGGGCCUGGGAUCCCCUACGUGACCUCAAAAUGCUCGGCAUGCAGGAUUCACGCCGGUCCUCCGAAAGCUCGUCAAGUGCGUCGUCAGAAGCUUUGGAUAUCGGAACUCUUGCAGUUGUGGCCAGGUGGGGCCGCCGCCGCAGCGCCAUGCGAGAUUCACACCUGCAGCGCCGUUCUUCAAUUCAACGCCGCAGCAGCAAAGCCAACACCUUUCGAUUUCGAGAGAAGGAGAAACCCACAGAGGUGAAGAAACCUGCGCCGGAGAUCUUCACCUUGCAAAAACUUUCUUCGAGACAUAACAUUCCUUUCCAGGUGAGCGAACAAGCCUUCAGCUGGUGGUUCCAAUUUGCAAAACCGGAGAGCUUUCUUGGCACACGGGAAGAUGUGGUGGAUGGCAUGGAAUUUGAUAUCCCAAGCUUGGGCCUGAUGUCCCACGAUACCUUUGUGAAAGCUUGCUGUGCAAUCAGUGACGUCGAUGAUCCCAAGCUCUUGGACAUGGAGUUCGUGGGAAGUGUCCUUUUGAGAGCUGCAGAGUACCUAGAGUCAGCCACCACUAGCCUCGAUCCGCAGGAUGAGAGCCUUGAUGGUCAUUUGGAUUUUGCGGAGUUCCUGACCUUCUUCCACAAGUUUAGCUUUUCCGAAGAGGUGUUGAUCAAUCGACAGGAGCGAGAGCUGAGACGUUUAGCCCGUAAACAUGGCUUCAGCUUUUUGGACAUCGAUGCCUUGAAGAAAGACUUUGACAAGGUGGACCGAAAGGGGGAAGGGAAGCUGAAGCAAGAUGAAUUCCUGGAAUUGAUGGCAAGACUGAUGAAAUUGCCUCCUGGGCAAGAAAUUCCAAGCAAGAAGAAGAAAGAAUUGUGGAUUGCAGCCACACAAGGCUGGCGGAAACAAUUAGACAUGGACGCCUUUUUGGGUUUCUAUGCCCAUUUUGAAAGAUAAAUUGGAGGGGAUUCCAGGACAUGUCCUGAAGGCACAUUUUAUCGAACCCCAAAGGGGUUCGAUCAAG